GUAGCAAUAAAAAUUAUUGACAAAACCCAACUGGAUCGCGAAAAUCUCAAUAAGAUAUUACGGGAAAUACAAAUAAUGAAAUUGUUGCGACAUCCCCAUAUCAUCCGACUUUACCAGGUAUUGGAAACUGAAAGGCGAAUUUACUUGGUAACAGAAUAUGCAAGUGGCGGUGAAAUAUUUGAUCACCUGGUGGCUCAUGGUCGAAUGAACGAGAAAGAAGCACGUAAGAAGUUUAAACAAAUAGUUGCCGCAGUGUCCUACUGUCAUAAACAUCACGUGGUACAUCGGGAUUUAAAAGCUGAAAAUCUACUUUUGGAUGCUAACCUAAAUAUCAAAAUUGCUGACUUUGGUUUCAGCAAUUACUUCAAGCCAGGAUGUUUUUUGAAGACAUGGUGUGGAAGUCCUCCAUAUGCUGCUCCUGAGCUUUUUGAAGGGCGGGAAUACGAUGCACCCAAAGUAGAUAUCUGGAGUUUAGGCGUAGUUUUAUAUGUCCUUGUGUGUGGAGCUCUUCCCUUCGAUGGGAGUACAUUGCAGAGUUUACGGGCCCGAGUACUCAACGGCAAAUUUAACAUUCCAUUUUUUAUGUCAACUGAAUGUGAGAACUUGAUCAGCCAUAUGUUAGUAGUUGAUCCGGUCAAACGGAUAUCGAUAGAACAAGUGAUCAAUCACAAAUGGAUGAAGAUCGGCGGCCCCGACAAAGUGUUUGAGCAGCUUAUCUCGAAUUGUAAUGGUUCGUCCGAACUGAGCCAGGAGACCAAUCAUCUGAAUGAGCAGGUACUCAACUACAUGGAGAGCUUUAAACUGGACCGAGAACGAACUGUUGAGGCUGUGAAAACUGAAGCAUACGACCACCAUAGUGCCAUCUACCAUCUUCUACUAGACAAAUGUAAACGACACCCAAAGACUUUAACCAAUAAAUUGUCUAAUCCAGACACUCUUGGUUCCAGUUUACCUGUUGCUACUCGAACUGAGCGACGUUCAAGUAUCACAACUGGUGUUGUUGAACGUGUAGAAGUACCUGUAGAGGUUCUAGACAAACCUACACCGACACACUUGGCACCAUCAACUCUGGCAGCUCUUCCGCAGUUAACUUACUUUACUGACCCAGCACAAAUUCCUGAUUCGGAUGCAACUUCUCAACAAUCUGACUCUGACAGUGAAGAGCCUUCUCCAGAAGCAUUGGCCCGCUACCUGGCCAUGCGUCGACAUACGGUCGGUGUGGGAGAUGCACGGCAUGAAGUUUUGGAAGAUGUCCGAGUGAAACUAGCGAAUCAUCAACCAAUCAUAGCAAUGCCUCCUCAACAGAAUUAUUUGAUGCCAUUUGGAGCACCACUACCAAAUACCAACCUUCCACAGAAUGUUCCACAGUUGCUACAUAACGAACUGCCAGCAUCUCCAACAACUUUACAACGUGAUCAAAACCUACUCUUGCCUCCCCCCAUUCUUGGCCCAGGUUCUUCCAACUUCUGUCGACGUGCAUCUGAUGGUGGUGCUAAUAUUCACUGCUUCCAGCGAUAUUUUCAACAGCAAUCACAGUUCAACAGUAAAGAUGGUCUUUGCACAACUCCCUCAUCUACAUCUCCGGCUGUUCUUUCACUUCCUGUACCAUUGCUGUCUCAUCCUGUUGUUGACAGCAAUGGGGGAGCUGACGAAGGUAAUUCUGAUCAAGAACCUGAUAACGAAGCUGUCCUCAGCUACAUGAAUAGUCGUGGGAUGUGUAAACGCCAUACUGUUGCCAUGGCGAGCCCUGUGCAAGAAAUUCGUGAUGACCUCCAGAAGAAACUGACUUUGCCUUCUGCAAGGACAAUUCGACGAAGUAGCCUACAUCGGGCUGAAACCACUACAGGAUGUGAUCCUGUCCCUCACUUCCCCACUGAACGAUACUCUCCUUUGCGCCGUGCCAGUGAUGUUCUUGUCAGUCCAAACAAAUGCCAAUCCCACUUGGAGAAACUGUACAAUGCUGCUGUAUCUCUGAGUAGUUCACCAAUUCAAGCACAAAACAGUCUGAAGCAACUACAGCAAGAAUGUCAAGAUUUACAGAAACAAGUCAAUAGCUAUGAGUGUGAGCGACAAGCUGAGUUACAGCAGCAACAACACACAUUACAUCUCCGACAGCAGCAAUCAAUUCAACAACAACAGAUGCCUAGUCUUUCCCAUUCUCCAGUGCCUUCCCCACCGCUUCCUUCCCCAACCACUGGUUCAGACAAUUUACCAGCAAACCUAAACAACCGUUUCCAAAGACUACACUUACAACAACACUGUGUGCCAACAGGGACAAGUGGUGUUAUAUCAUUUAAUUCAGGGACACAGCCCAACUACAACAUGUUAAUGAGGUCAUUGACUAGUUCAGAAACAUUACCUACACAGUCAUACUCCCCUCAUUUAGUUCAGAACCUCCAACGGAUACUUGAAGACACAACAGACACUCAGACAGCAGCUGAAGACAUGCAAAUUCAGGAAUCGCAGAUACUAUCCCAUCAAGACUUACACCAGAGACAAUUUUCUCAGACACCCCAAAUCAGCAUCACAGACACCUAUGGAAACACAGAUGUAAUGUCUUCAGACAAUGACCUCGACAUCCCCAAAGAAAGCAGUAGAGUAUCUCCCAACUAUACUUCAUUCUCAACGAGCACCAACACCACUUCUGUUUAUUCAGUGACGUCUGCUGUGAGCUGUAAACCCACUUAUGUCGCACCAAAAUACAUCAAUACUAACCUUACCAAAAUACAACAAGAUUUGGACAAUGAACAGAUUCCAUUCAAGUCUUCAUUGCAUUCACAAAACUGGGAGAAAUGUUACCAAGACACCAACAUGUUCAACUGGUGUUCAAAUCAAAUCAACUCUUCAAACUCUGUCUACAGGUUAAAUCAAACACGCUACUGGCGAAACCACGCAAUAACUAGUCCCAUCGAAGCCUACAAUAAGUGUUCGUAUUCAUUGAAAAACGAACCUUUAUUCCCAAGCCUUGAUCAAGAAUUCUCAACUCAAAACUGUUUAAACAAUGUGAGUUCUGUUGCGAAUCACACGUUUAUGAGUAACAUGUCGCCUUCCAAUGAAAAUUGCUUCAAAAUUAGUGAUAAAUCUUAUGAAACUGUACCUCUCAUUGUUGGUGAUGGUAAACUUUUCUCUGGUGGUGACCAGCACCACCACCACCACCAGCAGCACAGUCCUGUAUCUACAAUAUCUUUAAAUACAAAGAAAAAUACUCAAGAGAUUCUGUCUGAAAUCAAACGUACACUAGAUAAUCAAACUUCAGAAAUCAGUUACCAUUGUUCUCAGAAUCUAUUUCAGUUAGAGAACAGUGGUGUUCAAAUAGAGCUAGAAGUCUAUGAGAAUGGCGGGGUGAAUGGACUACAAGUGCGUAGGAUAUCUGGGGACUCAACACAUUACGAAAAAAUUUGUUCUGAGCUUCUGAGCUGUAUGAAUCUGUAGAUUAUAUGUUUCUCACAAAAUCUCUCUCUCACUCUCUCACUCUUUCUCUCUCUCUCUCUCUAUCUCUCUUUAUACAGCCUUAUUUCUUUUUUUGUUUACUUUUUGGUUUAUCUCAAAGAUUUUUAAACUUUAUUUUCAUUUUGUACAUUUUUUCAUUCUUCUUAUAAAUAAACCUAUAUGACCUCCUUCA